AUGUCCAUAAAGGGAAAUACCGAGACACAUCACGGUCUCGAGCAUCAGCAGCCUAAAAGGCGUAAACUAGCCCAUUUAUCUGAAACAACUCCUCAGGAUGAUGAACUGCCAUUCGUUCCACUCUUGGACGGCAAGGAGAGCUCAUCAUUGGUGAAGCGCCGUCAUGAUGCGUUUACAGACUUCUGGUCCGUCCAAAGCCAGAGAAUUCAGGAGAUUCUUAGCGAGCUUGACUCCAAAGCCGUGAAAGAUCUUGCGGACUUCAUUAAGCAAGCGGGACCUGAGAGUUACGAGAACCGUAUUCCAUGUGGAAUGAUUACUUUAGGAUCCAAUAUAUCUUCAAUAUCGGGGCUCCUAGACCGGCUUCGUAAGCGGAUGCAAGCUGACUGCAUUGCGCAAGUUGCAGUAAUCGAAGCUGGAGACGCUGGGAGCCUAAAAAAUGUUCUGAAGAUCCUCAUUCGGAAUAUUUUAUCCGACAAUAGCGUCGAAGAGACCGAUAUUAACUCUGCUUCCGGCCAUUUGGGCCCGAAACAUCUCCCAUACGAUUUGGAGCUAUUGCAUGGUUACGUACAGCGGAACACGGGGCAGAAAAUAGUCGUUGCCUUCAAGGACAGCGAAGCAUUCGACCACGGUGUUCUGAGCGAUCUGAUCUCUUUGCUAUGGUAA